AUGGCCAUCUAUUUCAUUGUUGCAGGUUCGAAGGUGAACCAGAACCGGUUGCUGGAGUUUCGCGCGGGUGGCGUCGUUCAACGGGGUUCAGGUCAGGUGGGCCAGGAGUUCGGCGUGCGCAGCGCCUUCCUGUGGCUCAAGGCCGACCUGCUGCCUGCCCACCUGAGGAGGGUCGGCAGAAACAGGUGCCGCUCCACCGACCAAUUCGAUCGAGUGACAGCCGAUCCAGUAUCCAUUCCCCUGGAAGAGCACCGCAGCGGUUGGCAAAAGAUCGACCUCACUCAUCUGGUGCGCCAGUGGCUGAAUGAAUCCAGAAGGGACAAGCUACGGCUGUUCGUCGACUGCAGCUGCUGCUCCGAUUGGCGGGUGCACCUCCUCAACGACCGAAAGGAGGCGGCGGCCGGCGGGAGGGACGUUUUUGAGGACGAGAGGGAGAAAGAUGGAUUGAAGAGGAGGGCGAACCCGGAUAGGCCCUUCCUGGUAGUGCACGUGGAUCCGAAGGUGCGUUAA